GUCACCGAGGACGGCAGCGCCCCGGUGCACCUGGCGGCGCACUUCGGGCACCGCACGGCGCUGCGGCAGCUGCUGCUGGCGCGCUGCGCCGCGGACCUGGCGCGCCGCGACGGCGUCACGGCGCUGCAUCUGGCGGCGGAGGCGGGGCACCUGGAGAUGGUGAAGAUGCUGCUGGAG